UUUAUGACUUUUUAGCCCACAAUGUUUUGCUUAAAUAUAUAUUUUUCAAAACAAUUGUUUAUUAAAGUCUUUGUAUUUACUAGAGUUAAUGAAAACAGUCUAGAUCCAGUUCUCACAUACAGUAACUACUUGUUUGGUGUUUAUUAUUGAGUUACCAUCUCAUCUGAUGCCUGUUUUGGUAUAUCGAGGGAAUGGUGCAGGUGCCCACCACAUUAUAUAUAUUUUCGGUCUACACUGAGACCAUUAUCAGGGCUAAGAUGUCCAGUUCCCCGACAUUUCUAAACUAUUGUAUUCACAAAUACCGCACAACCGAUUCAUUCAUUGAAUUGGACGGACAGGUGAGCAGUCGACAGAGUAGUGUCUAUAAUAUCGAAGUACCCGUUAAUGUUAGGACACCCGUCCGAAACGGUUCCCAGUUAUCGUUAAGUCCGUCGGAAUUCUCAUUGCCUCCUAACGAACGGGGAGUUUUCGCGACAUUUGUCGCUCAAAUGGUCUUCUCUUUGGUGGUGGUGUACGACCGGCACAACCAAAUCGCGUACUUGAGUACCAAUACGACGGCCGUACAGACAAAACAGGCGAUCCAUGCAAACAGAAACAGCCAUAAGUGGCACUCAAACUCUAANUCAAAUGGUCUUCUCUUUGGUGGUGGUGUACGACCGGCACAACCAAAUCGCGUACUUGAGUACCAAUACGACGGCCGUACAGACAAAACAGGCGAUCCAUGCAAACAGAAACAGCCAUAA